UGAGGAGGAGGCCUACGACGACGAGGGAGGAUUGGACAGUGCGGACCAGCUGCGGGGAGGCUUUGCAGGAGCUACGGCGUCACCGGCGUUUGGAUGGCCAUCUCGUUCACUGUUGUGUUCAAGGCUCUUACGAAGUGGUGGGCCUUCCGGAGGAGCCGCCUGCCGCUCUUGACGAGGGUGGCCGUGUGAAUAAUCGGCGGGGCCAUCGGCGCCUCGGCGUGGCCUGCGCCAGUGGAGCUUCCGCGCGACUCCGUCGUUUAUGCCCCGACCUCGUGUUGGGAGGAGUGUCUUCGUUCCAGACGAGGAUGUGGAGGCUCCCCUCCCCUUCCAAGACAAGCUCGGCGAAUUCGCGAGCCCGGCGGGGUGCCCGGCGCGGCGCCGCGAGAAGCGGCGCCGCCGGGGCUCCUGCCCGGCCGAUUUUCGAGGGUCCCCCCGGCCCGCUCGGCCGAGCGCAAGUGAUCAUAAUGGAGGCGGCCUGAGCCUCGCCUGGUCCGUUCGUCUUCUCCUCCUUCCUCCUCCCCUUCCUCCUCCUCCUCC